GGCAUAUACCGAGAAGACGAGCUUACUUGACGAGCAUGAGUCUGCAGAGAGCCGAAGGCUUAGAUAUUAGAUUGGCGAAUUCGUUCCACUUCGAGGUGGAACAGGGAAAAAGUAAAACUGUUGAAAUGAAGCUUGAUUAUUGUGUUUUUCUAUGGAAGCUCAGCUUCCUUAAAACUCUGGAAAUUACGACUCCACUUAAAAGUGGGCCAUACAGAGCGCACAGCCCCUGAUUUUCAACAAAAACGACCCCCCCCCCGGGUGUCGAUUAGGGGUGUCGAUGGGGGCCACACUAACCGAAAUUAGUAAGCGG